AUGGAAGAUUACGUCAAGCUGGAAACUAGAAAUCUUGAAAAAGAGCUCCUUCACGCACAAGAAGAGGUGAAACGUAUUCAAUCGGUACCGUUGGUUAUUGGUCAGUUCUUGGAAGCUGUGGAUCAGGAUCAUGCUAUUGUUGGCAGCACAACAGGAUCCAACUACUACGUUCGCGUGCUGUCAAUAUUGGAUCGUGAACUUCUCAAACCCGGCUGCUCAGUUGCCUUGCACAAAUAUUCCAAUGCACUCGUCGAUGUUUUACCACCGGAGGCUGAUAGCUCGAUUCAGAUGUUACGUCCUGACGAGAAGCCGGAUGUUUCCUACGCUGAUAUCGGAGGUCUCGAUAUGCAGAAGCAGGAGGUGCGUGAGGCUGUUGAACUGCCACUCACCCACGGCGAGCUGUACAAGCAGAUCGGUAUUGACCCUCCACGUGGAGUCCUCAUGUAUGGUCCUCCUGGAUGUGGGAAAACUAUGCUUGCUAAAGCUGUGGCUGCCAAUACAGCUGCUUCUUUUAUAAGAGUCGUCGGUUCUGAAUUCGUUCAGAAGUAUCUCGGAGAAGGUCCCAGAAUGGUGCGUGAUGUGUUCCGUCUAGCCAAAGAAAAUGCUCCCUCUAUCAUAUUUAUUGAUGAAAUUGAUGCAAUUGCAACAAAGCGAUUUGAUGCUCAAACAGGAGCAGAUAGAGAGGUUCAAAGAAUACUGCUUGAGCUUUUGAAUCAGAUGGAUGGCUUCGAUCAAAGUACCAACGUCAAGGUGAUAAUGGCUACAAAUAGACAUGAUACGUUGGACCCUGCUCUACUGCGGCCUGGGCGACUUGACAGGAAGAUCGAAUUCCCACUUCCAGACCGGCGCCAAAAACGUCUCGUGUUUACUACGAUCACCUCAAGAAUGAACCUAUCCGAUGACGUAGAUCUCGAGGACUACGUCGCACGGCCGGAUAAGAUAUCUGGAGCUGACAUAAAUGCCAUUUGUCAAGAGGCUGGAAUGCACGCUGUUCGAGAAAAUCGUUACGUCGUACUCACAAAAGACUUUGAAAAGGCGUACAAGAAUGUGAUUAAGAAGGAUAUGAAUGAUUUUGAGUUCUACAAAUAA